AGAUUCGAGACUAAACAGAAACAACAGGCUAUCUCGAGUCGCCCAGUGUCGACGAACUGGUAUUUUUCUUAUUUUACACGCUGUUAAGGUUCCAAGCUGCUCUACUGUGCUUUUCACGAUGUCUUCUUUUACAACCAUGAGACACUCUCUGACCACUUCGGCUGUUUUUGCUGCUGUCCUGCUGUGUGUUAGCUUUGUUAGCCAGGCAGAAUGCCAGUCAACUCCAGCUCCACCACGUCCCUGCUCCUCCUACAAAAACUGUGACACUUGCGUUCCAAAUGCCAAGUGUCUGUGGUGCUUUACUACCAACAACUGCACAGAGUACCCAGUGAGCUGGUUGCUGCCUCCAGCGUCAGUCUGCCAGUUGUCCCAGGCCCGCUGGGGCGUGUGUUGGCUGAACUUUGAAGCCCUGAUCAUUGCCCUGGCGGUGGUGGGUGGAACCAUCCUUAUCAGCAUUAUUGCCUGCUGCUGCUGCUGCUGUUGCAAGAAGCGUCGAUCAGGGCCUGACAGAGAUGAGGAGAGAUUUGCCAGGAAGAGAGAAGAGAUCAAACAGCGCUCUGAAGAACGGAAAGUUGAGAGAAAGGCACGGCACGAUGAGAUUCGCAGGAAGUAUGGUCUGAUGGGUGACUCGGACCACCCAUACAGCAAGUUUGAGAACGAGUAAAGCAGCUGCGCUGGAGGCCUUCCAUAGGCAACUUGCUCUCAUAUCUUCACUUUAAGCUUGGAGUGAUGCCCUUUUGUCAAACAAACAACAAAAUGAGUGCAGCUGUCCACAGUAUUCCUGUUCAGACAAAAUCUGUUCAUGUUGCACUUGUUAAACAAUAACAAACAUGAAUGAACAAAAUCUGAAUUUGUUUUGCCUGAUUCUGAUUCUCAAUGAGGAUGCGGUGAUGUAUGCCGGACGUGUGUUGAAGCUCAUUUUUAAACUUUCUGCAAAUUCCUUGUGCUCUGAAAUGCCAUUUCAAGUCAUCACUUUUUAAAUAUUGUACUUUAUUAGUCUUUGCACUUUGUAGACAAAGUAUUGAAUUACACAAUAAUGAUUGUAAUCAAAUGUGUUUCUACACAUGAAUAAAGCUCUUCUCUUUUAACAA